AUGUUUUCUCGAAGUGCUUUUAGAGUUAGUAGCAGAUUUACUGCUGCUCGGCCAGGAUUAACAUGCCGUCGGUUUUUAUCUCAAGGUUCUGCCGGUACUGCAGUGACUGCAAAGAAGAGUUUAACUAAGCGUGUGUUUACCGGUAUUGCUAAGGCUUCGUUGCUAUCUGUGUUGGCUGGUACAGCUUAUGUCUCUUACGAGUUGUACAGGGAAUCAAAUCCCUCUGCUCAGAAGCCUCAAGGUGCUGUUUUCAGUGAUGGUUCACCAAGAAAGACUUUAGUGAUUUUGGGAACCGGGUGGGGUUCUAUCUCGUUAUUGAAGAAUUUGGAUACAACACUCUACAAUGUUAUUGUUGUAUCUCCACGUAAUUACUUUUUGUUUACUCCGUUGUUGCCAUCGACUCCUGUAGGUACUAUUGAGCUGAAAUCCAUUGUUGAGCCUGUUAGAUCUAUCACCAGGCGUACGCCGGGUGAGGUUGUUUAUUACGAGGCGGAAGCCUUGGAUGUUGAUCCACGUACGAAGACUGUGAAGAUAAAGUCUGUUGAGAGUGGAGAACACGCCUAUGAGAUGGACUUGAACUACGACUACUUGGUUGUUGGUGUUGGUGCACAACCUACCACCUUUGGUAUUCCAGGUGUGUUUGAGCACGCUUCGUUUUUGAAGGAGAUCCCAGAUGCGCAAGAUAUUAGAACUAAGAUUAUGAAUAACAUCGAGAGAGCCGCCACUUUGUCUCCAAAUGACCCCGAAAGAAAGCGUUUGUUGUCUUUCGUUGUUGUCGGUGGUGGUCCAACUGGUGUUGAAUUUGCAGCUGAGUUACGUGAUUAUGUCGACCAAGAUCUAUCCAAGUGGAUGCCAGAAUUGUCUAAGGAGAUCAAAGUUGUUUUGUGCGAGGCUUUGCCAAACAUCUUGAACAUGUUUGACAAGUCAUUAUGGAAAUAUGCUCAAGAUCUAUUGAAGGAAGAAAAGAUUGAUUUGCGGAUUAAUACCAUGGUCAAGAGCGUUGAUGCUACCCAAAUAACUACCAAAUGCAACGAUAAGCUAGAAGAAUUACCUUACGGUGUUUUGGUUUGGGCUACUGGUAACGCGCCAAGAGAUGUUUCUAAUUCCUUGAUGAACAAAUUGGAGGAACAAAACUCCAGAAGAGGUCUAUUGAUUAACAACAAACUACAGUUGCUAGGUGCUGAAGACUCUAUCUUUGCUAUUGGUGACUGUACUUUCUACCCGGGUUUAUUCCCAACUGCUCAGGUGGCUCAUCAGGAAGGUGAGUACUUAGCUCACGUUUUCAAGAAACAGCACAAGAUCGAUCAACUCUCGUGGCAGAUACAAAAUGUCAGAGAUUCUAGCGAAAUUGCUCGUUUGCAAACUAAAAAGGAUAAGCUGAAUGCUCAGAUCAAACAGUUCGAGUAUCAGCACCAAGGUGCCUUGGCAUACAUUGGUUCCGAGAAAGCGAUUGCCGAUUUAGCUAUCGGUGAAUCAAAGUAUAGAUUGGCUGGUUCUUGGACUUUCUGGUUCUGGAAGUCUUCCUACUUAGUCAUGUGUUUAACCUUCAGAAACAGGGUCUUGGUUGCAUUGGACUGGUUGAAGGUUUCCGUGUUGGGUAGAGAUUCCUCUGUUUGA